AUGCAAUUCCAUUCGAUUCAUUCGGCAAAGAUAAACAAAAUAAAACCUUAAAUCUUUUAAAAUUAUUUAAAUUAAUAGCAACAUGUCGACAAGACGUUUAGCCAAGUCUCUGUACCGCCAGCUUCUACGCGAGGCGGAAAAGUUGCCUUCAUAUAAUUUCAGAUUGUAUGCCUUACGUAAAAUACGCGACACAUUCCAAACGAACAAAACCAUCAAUGACUUUGAACUAAUCGAUCGGGAGAUUGCCACAGCCAAACAGAGUUUGGAAAUGCUAAGAAGACAGGCCAUUAUUGGACAUCUAUAUUCGGCAGAAAAAUUAGUCAUUGAAAACAAGAAGAGACUAAAACAUUCAGAUGAUUAGAAAUUAACACCGACCCAAUGCCGUUUCCUCACACAAUAUAAUCAGAAUUAGUAGUUGCGCCUUACGUUAGAUGAUAGUUAUACCUUUUGGCCUGUUUUGUUUGUUUUUUUUUCUUUCUUUUUUUGCAUUUCAAAGAACUGUUUUUUGUAUGUGCAACAGUAAACGAAGAACUAUAAAAAUACGUAGAUAAUUGUUAAGAUUUUAAAUAAAAAAAUAUAUAACAAAUGAA